AUGAAAGCUUACAUAUCAUUAAAGAUUCGAGAAUCCACUCGGCCAAUUUCUGAAUCACUUAAGGACAAAAAAACAUUCUUUCCUUUCAAGAAAUCAGCUGAUGCAUUUCGUAAAGAGGAUAAAACCUCUGUUGGCAGUAUUGAAUCAGAUAUGGCAUAUGGAUUCUCACGUGACACUGAUGGGACAUUGAUGGGACAGAUGGGAUAUUUGGGACAUAUAUGGGACAUAGUUGAGACAUAUAGUUGGGAUAUAUAG